AUGAGAAAUCUCAGGACUCGCCACUUUGGCCACGGGUGCAUUUUUACAUCUUUGAUCUGGACCAUGUUGUUCUUUAUUUAUUUAAAUUAUAUUGAAGUGAACCUGCUUCUCAAGAAUGUGCCCCUCAAGGGUACUGGACCCUAUCAGCCAUUUUUUACAAAAUUCUCUUCCAACUUUUCCAAUAACUCAAAACAAAUAAGGCCACAGUUAAAAAUCAACAAAGUUGAGAAUAAGUUAGAUCAGGAUAUUAAAGCGACAAAUAACAUAGUGAUUUCUCCUGAACUAGAUAUGAUUUUUAAUGAAAAUGUUCAGAUCAGAGACUUGGGCUUUGAGCAACAUGGCUUCAACAUACUUAUCAGUAACCAACUGAGCUAUCAUAGACAUGUGCCAGACACGAGGAGCAUGAAAUGUCAGGUCAAGUUUUAUCCCUACCAUCUGCCAGUUGCCAGCGUUAUCAUUUGUUUCUACAAGGAAGUCCUUUCUGCCUUGCUUCGGACAGUGCACAGUGUCCUUGAUCAUACUCCAUGGCAUCUCCUUCAUGAAAUCAUUUUGGUAGAUGACCACAGUGAAUUUGAUUACUUGAAAGAAGACCUACGUAAACAUAUGAAAGAAAAAUUUCCUGAGAAGGUUAAAUUAAUAAGAAAUGACAAACGAGAGGGACUGAUUCGAGGAAGAAUGAUAGGAGUAAUUAAUGCUACAGGAGAAGUUCUUGUGUUCCUAGACAGCCACUGUGAGGUGAAUAAAAUGUGGCUACAGCCCUUAUUGUUUGCGAUCCAAAAAGACUACAGAAUGGUGGUGUGCCCUCUAAUUGAUGCAAUCAGUGCUUACACUCUCAAGUAUAUGUCAUCUCCUAUCCUCCGUGGAGGGUUCACCUGGAAUCUGCACUUUAAAUGGGAGCAAGUCCCUCCAUCUAACUUACUAGGACCAGAAGGAGCUGCUGCACCAAUAAAGUCUCCUACAAUGGCUGGAGGUAUUUUUGCUAUAAACAGACAAUAUUUCUUUGAAAUUGAACAGUAUGACAGUGGUAUGAAUACCUGGGGAGGAGAAAAUUUGGAAAUUUCAUUUAGGAUCUGGAUGUGUGGCGGCAAGCUCUUCGUCAUUCCUUGCUCUAGAGUUGGACACAUUUCCCGUAAAAUGUUAUCACACAAAGCCCGUGAAAUCAUGGACUCUUUGCAGUAUAACUCUCUGCGGCUGGCACAUGUUUGGUUGGAUGAAUAUAAGGAGCAAUUUUUUUUACAAAGACCUGACCUGAGAAGGAAAGAGUAUGGAAACAUCAGUGAGCGCAUUGAAUUGAGAAAAACACUGGGUUGCAAAUCAUUUCAGUGGUAUUUGGAUAACAUCUAUCCAGAAUUGAAGCUAUUUCCACUCUCUGCUAAAGAAAAUUAA